AUGGACUCACCUCUAACCGACCAACAUAAUGUCCCCAUCCAGAUAUCAAUCUCAGAUAUCACUACAAUCGAUAGCGAAGCAUCAAGCUCACCUACCGUGAGCCUGAAAGUCACAUUGCGAAAUACCUCGGACAAACCUGUAUCUUUCCUCCGAUGGUCUACUCCCUUCGAUCUACGAGCCGCUCCUAUGGGAAUAUUCAAAUUCAAAUCUGUCGCCAAGGGAGAUUUCGCUCCAUGCCUAGACUUAAAACUCAACCGAAAGAUUCCAAGAAAUGGUGUGUUCUCGGACGAUGAUAUAGUUUCUAUCGAUGCGGGCGGGGAAGAGUCGAAGAUUAUCGAGAUAAAAGCCCCUGAGAUUGUGCUGACAAGAGGAGAGAAAUAUGUGGUGAAUGCGAAAGGCUUUUGGAUGCAUGUGUUGAUUGGAGGGAGAGACGAGACAAAGAAGGCAGAUGCUAAGGUUUUGAGAGAGGAUUUUGAGAGUGAUGGUGUGGAGAUGGUAGUGUAA